UCCUCCAACACUUGUUGUUCUAUUAUCUCCAUCCAUUUCACUUAUCUCCAUUUACUUUUUCAGGAUUUCUUUGCUAUAUAAAUCUUUCAUCCACUUAUCAUCGCCGGAUUUUAUCUCCUCCUCUCGCAGGUUACUUUUUAUCGGCCGACUUCGGACUCCUUGUAUUUGGCUCCCUCCUCAACGGGUUGAACUGCACUUUGGAUCGCCGGACUCUGCCUUGCGAAUCACCUAGUUACUUUCCGGCUUUGCAGCCACCGAGUAACGCCGGCAGCUUUCCGAUGGAAAAUCAGCUCCUCACUGAGUUUGAAAACGCGGCGGCUAACAUACCGGAUUCACCUCUCCCUCUCCGGGCCAUAAACUUUGUUCUGUCUCUCGUCAGCAACCCUUCCACCACCGAUUCUUCUCUGGCCGCUAUUCUCAAAACCCUAACCCAAUCUCUCCAAAAUCCUAACCACCGCCACUCUCACCACCGCGCUAUCCUCUCCAUCCUUCAUCUCCUCGCUCGCCGCCACCCCCACCGAAGAAAAGACGUCAUCAACUCCAUCCAAUCAUUCUCACUCCUUCCUUCUACCUCCACUCGCUCCUAUGCCGAGGCCCUCUCUGCUCUCCUCUCCCUAUCUGCUACUGACGCCUUCAACGAACCAGAGUUCCUGUCGCUGGUUUUCCGGCCAUGUGUAUCUGUCAGGAUUUGGCUCUUGCGGAAUGCUAACAGCUUUGCUAUGCGGCCAUCAGUGUUGUUUACAGUUCUGUUUGGGUUGACCAAGGACCCGUAUCCGAACAUGCGUAGCGCUGCAUUGGAUGGACUAUCUGGAUUAUGUAAAUGCAUUGUGGUUGAAGAUAAGAGUCUUAUUCAAGGUUGUUAUUUUCGUGCUGUUGAGCUACUAUUUGACACUGAGGACACUGUGCGAUGCUCUGCAAUUUGUGCGGUUAGUGAAUGUGGGCAUUCGCUUGUGGCUGCCAACCAUGAGAAAAGUAGAAGUGACUGGUCAGACACAUUAUUUGUACAGCUUUGCUCAAUGGUCAGAGACAUGAGUGUCAAGGUUAGAAUACAAGCAUUUAAUUCUCUUGGGAAUGUUGAAUUGGUCUCCAAAGAUCUUCUCUUACUGACCCUAUCAAAGAAAGCUUCACCAGCCAUGAAAGAAAAGAACUUUCCUGGACAGUUCACUACCAAAUCCUCUAAGCUACCAGCAUCAAGUGCUGCUUUUGCUUUUGUGAAUGGCUUGGAGGACGAAUUCUAUGAGGUACGAAGUUCAGCCUGUCGUGCCUUACAGAGAUUGACCAUUCUCUCUGCUGAUUUUGCGGGCGAAGCUAUAGACCUUUUGGUGGAUGUUCUUAA